GUGUCUCGUCUUCGUCGACCGGAAUCAACACAAAACAUAAGUUGCGUUUGUUUCGGACGCUUCACAAACUUGCGCGCUCGCCGUAAACUGGUGUACAGAAGUCAAUUAAUCAACAGCAAACUUUUAAUAACAUAAAAGUGUACCCAAAAAUAAUGUAGAGUGUAUAUUUGGUGAAAAAAAGACUCAAAACUCCCCAUUUCCUCGAAGUACCACCGCAUUUCAGCUUCAAAGAGACGUACAAGAUGACUGAUUGAGAACGCUACAAAUUUCCCUUGGAUAAGGGAUGCAUCAGCAUGGACGGUUUUCGAGUUAUUUGCACCAUUCUCGUCACUGUUUUGGCAACCAGGAUAUCGACAACUGGAGCUGACCGCGAACGUAUGGUGACCAAAGCUGACUUAAUAACAGUUCCGAUUAACUUCGAUACCAGUAUUGUAUGCACGAUGAAUAUAAUUCCGGAUAAUUUUCAAUGGAAGUUUUAUCCAUUAAGUCGAAAACAGGCUUCAAAUCCUAAAGCUCACAUUAGUUUGACUCAUUCACAUUAUGAGUUUGUUGAUGCGAACAAAUACGAGAAUACACUUUCAAAAAAAACAUCGACGCUUAAUCUUCAAGCCAAAUCCGAUGAUAUUGCAGGGGAUUAUCAAUGUUUGGCUUACUAUGGCGCUUCAGUUGUUGCAUCAAUCCCUUGGAGACUGACUAUAGCAAAUAUUAGCGAAUUUCCCCCGCAAGAAAAAAUCGAGGUGACUGUACUACCCGGCAAUACGAUUAACUGGAGGUGCGAUCCACCUGAAGCUAAUCCCGAACCUUAUUUAGACUACCACAAAAACGGAAUUUAUGUACCGCCAUUUGUAAGAGUCAUGACGAAAUCCCUGAUAAUCCCAAAUGUUACAACUGACAAUUCCGGCAGUUACACCUGCAAAUCCGGUAAUGUUUGUAAUGAUAAGGUUUCUUCCGUUUUAUUCAAUUUGAAAGUCGAUAAAAGGGCACCUCGUGAGCCCCCAAAAUUUAUAAUCCGGCCUAAAAGUGUCUACAAUGUGACCAAAGGGGAUAAGGUCCUCCUGGAAUGUUCAGCUGUUGGAAACCCAAUCCCUCAAGUCGUUUGGAGGAAAACAACAGGAAUAAUCCCUGAAGGUCGCAGCGAGUUGAUAGCCGGUGGUUUGAUUAUCAAAAACAUUUCUGAAAGUGAUGACGGAAUCUACGAGUGUACCCUUAGCAAUUCCCUUGGGAAAAUCGUACAUUCAAUCACUUUGAACUACAAUGACGCUCCGAGUAUUAAUUGUCUACAAGAUUCGAUUGAUGUCAUCCAAGGUGAAAAUUUGGACCUUGAAUGUACAGUAACUGGGACCCCUGAACCGGAAAUAACGUGGUUCCUGAAUGGUUUUGUCACAAAAGAUAACAAAAUAAUCACGGAAGGAAACAAGAUUUUUUUCAAACCGACUGAAAAACGACACGCCGGAAAUUUACAGAUUUUCGCCCGAAACAUUGUUGGAACUGUCUACAGUAGUAUUUUCAUCAAAGUCAUUCCAUUGAUGUCCACAACCCAAGACAAUGUCAGCGGAAAGCCUGUUCAACCGGCUCGGACACAUCGACCCAACUCGCGCAAAUUCAACAAACAUGCAAAAAUUUAUCCACCUUCUAAGCCCAACAUCACUGGGAUUAGCGAUGAGGCUGUAGUUUUACGCUGGACCGUUCAGAAUAAGGGCCUCCCAAUUCAAUUUUUCAAAGUCCAGUACAAGGAUUUUGGGCCUGCGGACCAACAUGACCACCACAGUAAAAGCAAAGGCUCGAAAUGGAACACAGAUAAUCCCGAAAUUGAUUCACAUAUCAGAAGUUACCAAGUGAAUAACUUAAAACCAGAUCACGUUUAUAAAUUUCGAAUCGCUGCCGUUUAUAGUAAUAGUGACAAUAAGAAUAGCCCGAAUUCCGACAAGUUUCAUUUGAGGAAAUUAGAUUUUGACAAGCGGAAUCCAUUGCCGGUUCCUCUGAUCACCAAGACUGAAAGCAUCAACUCGACGGCGGUUAAAAUCUAUUGGAAGUGUGAUCCUUCGACUAAUAUUACAAUUGACGGAUUUUUCGUUAAUUAUAACUCCGCUAGCAGUGCUGGUGAUUAUACAAAGGCUACAGUCGACGGUCCUCAAACAAAUUCUUUCAUUUUGUCACAUCUACAACCUGAUACUGUAUACGAUAUAAAAUUGCAAAGUUUCAACUCGAAAUCGGCGAGCGAUUUUAGCUCAAUAAUGAAAGCCAAGACUCUUGGUUUAACCUCGACGACGCCUUCACCUCGAGAAUCACCUCCGGCGUCGUCAAACACCGAAACUGCCGGGAUUAGCAAAUUAUACGUAUUUAUAGCAACGGGAGUGUUGGGCGCUUGCGUUGUUUUGUUCGCCGCAAUCGGAUUGUUAUUAUUUUGCCGGAAACAAUCCAAGCAGAAGAAAGCUGGUACAAGAGGUGAUCGUGAUAAAGCCUGUGAUGACCAUCACCACAUCCAAGCCGACGCUACCGAGUACGUCGUGAGCCCCAAAGGUGCCCCCCGAACGAACGGUUGUGUCUCCCCAAAUCGGAUCACAAUCACCGCAAAUCCUUUGGCGGAUGCCGACAACAAGGUGAGGUCGUCCACGUGGUUUAGUGUCGUCUCCAUAAACACCAUUUUCCCGAAUCUUAAUCAGAACAUGAUUGAAAUGUCCUGUUUGUCGUCACAAAACAACAACUGUUCAACUGGCCAACCCUCGGUCAGUGGAGAAGAUUCGCCCACGAACUCCGGAGAUAAAAAAAAUAAAAAUAGAGAAAAACGCAUUAGAAAUAAACACAACGUUGAUUCGAAUACGGCCGGCGAAAAUUAUGUGUAGUGGAAUUACGUGAAAAAAACUUUUUUAAUGCCUUAAUAUAAGACUGAUUACGUAAACAGUGCCUUCUUUAAGGUCAAUUAGCAUGAUGUCAAUUAGAUUUUUUUAAAAGAAUGAUAACUUGCCUCAGUGUAUAUAGAAAAAUUUUGUACAUAUUUUUAUUCGAUAAAAGGAUAAUGUCAUUUGAGUGAUCUGUUUUAAUUAUUUAACUUAUUUUUUGUACUUAUUAAUUACUAAGUAGUUCAUUAAAUGAUUAUUUAUUAAUUUCCAGUAUUAAUAACAAACUUUGGCAGCUAAAAUGUAUCUAACACUUAAAAUAUUUUGUAGAGAUUACUAAAAUUGGCACACAUUAAACAUUCGAUAACAUUAAAAGACAAGAAUAAUAUUUAUUAACUAAUUAGGCGUGUGAUGUGUGCCAUGAAAACAACCCGUUAAUGACACUAUAGGUCACGAUAAAAGAGUAAAGUUUAUAUGAUUUAUAUAAAGAGCUACCAAAUCAAAUAUGAAUUUUUGUAAAUAUAUUUGUAGAAGCAAUUACAGCUCUCCUCUGAUUAUAUCCAUUGCCCUACAGCUUGCCAGUCACACUUAUCUUGUAACAGUACAAAUGCAGAUUUCCCUUCGCUAUUUUUUACAUUUCUUCAGCUUUUAUACACGUAGUUUGUACUUCAACGAAUAAUAAAUAAUCAUCUUUGUA